AUGGAGGCCUCACAGCAAAGUGGACGAAACCGAGGUGUGGAUGAAGGGGUGCUCACUGUGAAAGAUAAGACCUUCUUCGGGGAGAACUCCACGACCAUCGUGUUGGGCGGUGCUGAAGUGGAGCGUCGUGGCACCGCGUGGCAAGGGCGGUUGGAAGUCAUGGGCGAUCUGCAGAUUGCCGCAGUGGAGUGGCGCAGAGGAAUUGCGGAGGAGGAAGAGGAGGAAAAAAACUGGAAAAAAGGACGGAGCAAACUGAUGUAA